GGCAAGCUUUGGGACGGCUUCCCCUCUCUCCGCAGGAAACAGAAACGGAUGUCAUGGUGUCCAACCCACAUCUGUCGGCUGCAUUGACCUGCGUUGCUAUCCGUCGCCUGUUAGCGGGUGCAAUGGCAAGAUCCAACAGAAGGCGCAGAAGGUUGAGGCGCAUUUUAGCGAUGUUCCAGUGGCAGGGGGGCAAAGGUCUUUACAUGCAGCUCAAUGCUACUGCCCCAAUUCUCGCCGUGUAUGCCAACCCUGAAGCCUGUCUAAAGAAGGACUUUAGAGUUAAGCGAUCUUGUGUGGUGUAUUUAGUGCAGAUGCUUUCCUCCCCAAAGGACCACGGAUGGGGACAAGACAUCGAGGUGCUUGUUCUCCUCUACAGCUUGGCCCAUGGACUAUCGCUCUCUGUGGUGGGUUCAGCAUUCGGGAUUCCCAAAUCGACGGUCCACAGGAUCAUCAAACACGUCACCGGGAAGAUAAAGGCCAACCUGAAGACCCUCAUUUCCCUGCCAGCCGCAGAUGAGCUGCCAGAGAUUGCAGAUGGCUUCUGUCAGCUUGCAAAGAGUCCUGUAUUUCACCGUGCUGCUGGUGCGAUUGAUGGAUGCCAUAUUCGCAUCAAACCUCCAGGAAACGAGUACCACAAGGAGUACAUCAAUUACAAGCUGUUUCCUUCCAUCCAGAUGCAGGCCAUCUGUGACUCAACUGGGAGAUUCCUGGAUGUCUUCAUCGGCUAUCCAGGCUCCGUUCAUGAUGCCAGAGUACUGCGAAACAGCCCCAUCUUCUGCCAGGCACUGUUUCCCCCAGCUGGUUGGUUCCUCCUUGGGGACGGUGGUUAUCCCUGCCUGGAAAAACCAGUGGGAUUACUCACACCCUACAAGGUCCCUCGCGGCCAGGUGCAGGCCAGAUUCAACAGGCAUCAUUCCAGGGCUCGGUCUGUGGUGGAAAGAGCAUUUGGAAGGAUGAAGGCUCGCUGGAGGGCCACCCUUUUCAAAGCGCUGGAGGUCAGUCCAAGCUUUGCCCCUGACAUAAUUGCAUGUUGUGCAUUUCUGCACAAUCUGUGCAUAGACAUGAACGAUGUCCUUGAGGAUGCUGAAGCCUUCCCCCCUGAAGAUGGGGACCAGAGUCCUCCCCCUGCCGCAGCAUGUGGACAGGAAAGUCCUGGACACCACCUAAGGAACAGGAUUGCUGCACAACUCUCUGCUCCUGUCCAAAUGGCACCACACCUGAGAGAGCACGAUUACAUCGAAUGA